CGCCGUCUAACGAAAUGGAGGCACUAUUUAUGUCAUAUAUGGGUGUUUAUGACGGAUUGAAAAUUGUAUUCCCUUCACUCAUCAUCUUGAGUACGCCUAUCACGUGCGUUCACCACCUCUGUUUGGUAUCUCCGCGAAGACGUUCGCUAGAAUUUUGUCCUAUGCUAUUGCUGUCCACUGCAGUAGUUUGUACCUAUCUUUGUCGUCUCACUUUGAACAAUGACGGCGUAGAUCAGCAAUGGCCAGUGAUUUUCAGGUCAGCACAAAAUGCUUGUAUUCUGGUUGUACUAUUAUGGGCAAUAGUGGUGAGAUGGGAACUACUAUGGCGGCGUAUUCGCGACAUCGAGAGAUAUUUCUGUCAAUGUUUUCUUGCCAUUGUCUCAGCUUCAACUGUAGCUGGCGCCAAGGCUGCAGGGUAUCUUCCUUGGAAUUGGCUCAUUACAUUACAGAUGGCAGCAACCGUGGUCGUGGUAUUAGGUGAUGUUAUGAACAGCAAGGAAUGCAUCUGUAAAGGUGUACUAUAUACCGUUUUGGGUCUGAUAUGCAUGACCCUUGAAAUGUUCGUGUCAGAUUUUUAUGUAUACGGUAUGUACGUGCUCAGAGUAUUUUUUCUGUCAUUGUCAUCAUUUGGCCACAUUGUGAUGCUUAUCGAUGAUGUCUUAGAAACGAUUAGGCAUUUGCCAAGUUAAAAAAUUGCAUUUUUGUGAUGGAAUCUUGAAAAACAAUAACGUAUUGUAAAUAGAAAAAUACAGAAUCCAUUUACAGUG